UUGCAAUCCCAAAGUCCCACUGGAUAAAUUUAUUUUACUUCCACAAAAAGAAAAUGGAAGAGGAGUUGGUUUUAAACUUUUAAUUAGAUUAGGUUCCGGAGCGUAUAAUAAGAUCCGGGUCAGGGUCUGAGAUGGCGACCUCCAGAUUGCUCUGUUCAACUGCACCAACAAUCUUCGUUCCUCUUCCUCCUCCGAAGCUCUGCCUGCGAGCCAGAGCUACCAAAGGCGGCCCACUUCAUUCCAAGCCUUCAUUCCCUCGCUCAUCAUCAUCAUCAUCAUCAUCUUUCAAGUGCAAGGCCGUGGGUGAUAGCUCCCAAACAUCCUUCGAUCCCACUGUUUAUCAGGGAAUUUACGGUCCUUGGACCGUCGACUCCAACGAUGUCCGAGAGGUGAUAUUAUACAGAACAGGGUUAGUAACUGCAGCAGCAUCAUUUGUGGUGGCAGCCUCUGCUGCUUUCUUACCAGAUAACAAUUGGGCAACUGAUUUAGUGAAGCAGAAUCUUGAUUUGCUUUACGCAAUUGGAGGUGGUGGAUUGGGGGUAUCUUUGGUUUUGAUUCACAUUUAUGUCACUGAAAUUAAGCGCACUCUUCAAGCUCUAUGGCUGCUUGGGGUUGUUGGGUCUUUCUUGGCAUACACAAACUUGGCUGGACCAGCUGGGGAGGGCUUGGUUCCAUAUGUUGUUCAUAACCCGGUGGCUGUCUGGUUUGUGGGUCCUCUCUUUGCUGCACUCACUGGACUUGUGUUCAAGGAAGGUCUCUGCUAUGGUAAGCUGGAAGCGGGACUUCUUACAUUCAUUAUACCCACUCUUCUCCUCGGGCAUCUGACUGGUUUGAUGGAUGAUGGAGUGAAACUUGCUCUACUCGGUUCAUGGAUGGCCCUUUUUAUCGUAUUUGCUGGAAGGAAGUUUUCUCAGCCCAUUAAGGAUGACAUUGGCGACAAAUCCGUGUUCAUGUUCAAUUCUCUACCAGAAAAUGAAAAGAAGGCUUUGAUUGAGAAGCUUGAGCAGCAAAAGUUGAGUCAGAAUCUCGAUUAAGAAGGAAAAUGUGAGCCAAAAAGAAUGUAGUCUGAAUAGGAGUAGCUAUACAAUUAUCAUAGCCUAGCCUGCAAUGGUUCCUUCAUUAGCUUUUCAAUCUUUAGAUAUGGUGCACUAUACAUACGUACAUAUUUACCGUUUUAGUGGAUCAAGUAUUCCUUCCUAAAUUCAUCACACGAGCACAUUUUGAUAAUGCGAAACAAAUGUAAUGAUAAAGUUUUUGUCAAGUGCAUAUAUAUUAUCCUUUUUUUUU